AUGAUAUCUGAACUAAUUAAAAUACUAAAUUUACCAACAGAGACAUCUGUAGAUGAAAAUAAAUUUCUUGAAUCUAAAUUAAUUGAAUAUAUUAAAGACUUUACUACACAAUUUGCUUCUCAAGAUAAAUCAUUAUAUAAGAAAUCUUUAGAAUCUUUAUUUAUGAUAUGUAAAUCAUUGGUAAAACAAGGGAAAACUUUAUUAGCUAUUAAACAAGUAAAAAGAUUUUUAUUUGCAGAACCAUUUAGCAUAGAAAGCCAUAUGUUUAUUUCAUUAUUAUAUGCAAAAUUUGGUAAUUUUACUAAGAGUUCCGAUCACUUGUUGGCAGUUAGAUUUAUUACUAGUGACUCUAAUUACGAUGCAAAGAUAGCUUCGUUAGCUAUUUUAAAUGCACUAGUAAGCCAGAUAUGUAAAAUACCACUUGAACUAAAAUCUAAGUCAUUAGUUGGCUACAAAAUUACUGAAGAGCUUACAUAUGAUGAGACUGGUGAAUAUCAUUAUCCAUAUUAUAUGGAAGAUAAUGAUACCCAAAUAAAUGAUGAUAAGACAGACCUUGCUUCAUUUAUUACUCCAUUAGCAAGCUGUCAGAUAAAUGUUGGAGAUUUAUUACAUGUAGAACAGCCAUAUGCAUUAUCUACUGAAAUUACAACUGAUUUAAAUAUUCAAACUAAUUGUUUUCAUUGCUUAAUGGAAAGAGAGAUUUAUAAUCAUGCAUUUAGCUGCCCAAUUCAUCCACAAACAUGUCCAUUUGUUUUCUGUAGAUGGGAAUGUAUGAUAAAACAUAGCAGAAGGCAUGAACUUGAAUGUGACUUUAUUGGUACAUUAAUUGUAUUAUCAAAUAAGACUAUUUUGUCAACAUCAUUUUUAUUAUUAGUUUUAAGAUGUUUAAUUCAGGGAUUUUUGGAUAUUAAACAUUAUAAUACUACAAAAGAUGAGGUAAUCCUUAAAUGUUUAGACUUACCUAAUUAUAAAGGUAUAUUAGAAAUUGUAUUUCCUGAACUACUGGAAUCCUUUGAAAUAGUCGCAGAAACAUUGAUGGAUAUACUACCAAUAAAUUUACGUUUAUUUUUAAGUAAAACUGAAUUAAUUAAAUUUUUCUGUGUAAUUUAUUCCCAUAAACUCCCUGUAAGUUUUACAUCACCUUCAAGUUCAUUCAAUUCUUCUCCCAUACCAAUAUCUGCUGGCUGGGGAUUUUUUUACAAUACUUGUAAAUUCCAACAUUCUUGUAUUCCUACAUGUGUUUAUUAUUUGAAUGAAUCAGGUAAUUUAUGUAUUAGAUCUGCAUAUAAUUUACCUGAAAAUAUGCCAUUAACUAUAUCAUAUUUGAUGGAUUUAUUUAUUCCGACUCAAAAAAGGAAAUCUAUAAGUAAUUCUAUGAAAGUAUUUUCUUGUAUGUGUGCAAGGUGUAUGGAUGAUACUGAAAAUAACUGUUUUUUAGAGGGUAUUCGUUGUUUUUAUUGUAUUAUUGGUUUUUUUGUCCCAUCCCCUUAUACUAAAAGAAUUGAGGCAACAGAUGAAAAUAAAGUUUCAAUAUCUAUUUCUGAUACUAAUAUAUCAAGAGAUAUACUAAAUAGAAAAAAAGAAGAUUCACCAAUGAAAAUUUUGUUUAAAAAGUCUCCAGAUUUUAAUCAUCUUCAUAAAAGUUCAAAUAAAACUGUAGCUAAUGAUUUAGAGAAUAGUUCAAAUUAUGAAUUACAGAUACUAUGUGAAAGAGCAAGAAUAAAUACAGUACUUGGAGAUAUUCAAAUCCGUUGGAAAUGUAACAAUUGUGGUGAAACUAAUAAAAAUUCUAAUAAAUAUUGCGUAUAUAUAAAUGAUUCAAUGGAAGAACAUUAUGAAUUAGCAAUAAAUACUUACAUAAAUGGUGAUAUAAUUGAGAGUAGAAGAUUAUUUGAAAAUUUGAUUGAAUCAUAUUCUCUUAAGGUACAUAGGAAUCAUUACCUAAUAUACAAUUCUAGGGUUUAUCUUGUUGGAAUGUAUAAUGCUACUAGUGAUAAUAAUGCAAAGUGUAGUUUUCGUCAUUGUAAAUCGGCUGUAAUAUCGGCAAAUUAUGUUUAUCCUGUAUGUUAUUAUGAAAAGGUUCAUUUAUUAUUAAAUUUAGUUGAUUCGAUAUAUAGUGAAGGUAUGCUACAAAAGGUAGCACAGAGGGGUUCACAAAAAUAUUCAACAGAUCUUAUUAUGGAAAGUCUAUGGUUAGCAUUAUGUAAUAGUUUAGUAUGCUAUGGUUCUAAAAGUUCUGUUUGGUACUAUUGUAUAUAUAGACUAAGACUAUAUGCAUCUAUUUUAAAUAUUGCAACACCUCCAAGUAAUAUGAGGAUUAGAAUAACAGCUAUAGAUAUGCAUGCAAAAUUAAGUCGUGAAGUUCUUGGUCAUACUGAGAUGCUAUCUGGAGGCUAUUUAACUUCAUUAUCUGACUAUAGUGGAUUAGUAUUCACAGCUUGUAGAAAAGGUCACUUAGGUGCUAUUACACAAUUAAUAAUUGGUGAUGCAAAAGACUUAUUGUUAAAUAAAGCUACAUAUCUCCCUACAGGUUUUAAUUUACUUGGAAUGGCCGCAUCAAAUAUACAGAGUGGUGUUUGUCAACUAUUACUUGAUGAAGGAGCAGACAUUUUUUUUUCAAAUGAAUUUGGAAUAACUCCUUUGCAUGCAUUAUGUAAUUCUCCAUAUAGAGAAGAUGAAGUAGAUAUUAAUGAUAUAUUUGAUAAAAAAUCAGUUGGCAUUGCUAGGGACAUGAUUAGAAGAGCUAGCUUGUUAGAUAGUGAUAUACUAGAUGAAUAUUCUAUAGAAAAAAGUAAAAGUAAUUUAUAUUGCUCUGAAAACUUUAAAAAUCAUUCAAAAUUAUCUAAAUCAUCUAAUCGUUACAAAUUACUAUAUUCUAAGACAAUUAAAUGGUUGGGUGCUAAUACACCACUACACUUAGCAGCUUCAAAUGGUAGAAGAUUACUUUGCUCUGAAUUAGUUCAUGGAGGUACUGAUCCAAAUAUUGAAAAUAUAGAAUCUGCGAUUCCAUUACAUUUAGCUUCAUUGAAUGGACAUUAUAAAACGGUCAAAAUCUUAAUAAGAGUAGGUAGUGAAAUAGACCAUCAAAAUUUUCAAGGUAAUACUCCACUAUUCUUGUCAAUGUAUGGGUUAAAGCCUGAAUCAAUGAAGAUACUUCUUGAAAAUGGUGCUAAUAUUAAUCAUCAAAGUCAAGUUACUAAAAUGAAUAUUUUACACUGUCUUGUUCUAGGUUUAUGUUGUAAUGUAUCAUUAAAUUUUCAACUACCAAAGAAAAUUGAUGAUUUACCUUUGCUUGUACAUUCAGGUUAUAAUAAUAAAAAUAUUAGGAAUUAUAUUUAUUCUAUUGGUACGGGACAUACGGGGUUUGGGAAUAUCCUAACUACUAAAGUUUUGUCAAUACCUGUACAUACCCCACUAUCAGAAACAUUAUAUAUAUCUCCAAAAGAAAUGUUAAUUCGUAUUAAACAUUGUAAUGAGAUGAUCUCAUACUUAAUGAAUAAAUAUGGAAUUGAACCUUUGUUAUCCCAAAAGGAUAUUAAUGGAUAUACACCAUGGGAGCUACUAGAUUCAUCAUGGAAUAUAUUUUUAAAAAUUAGAAGUGAAUCAAUGCUAAGACCAGGAUUAUGGUAUACAUCUUUAUCAGAAAAUGAUAAAAAUUCAACACAAGAAUUAUGGACUCAUGCUAUGCAAAGAAUUGAAAAUUUGAUAGAAAUACUUAAAAUUAAAAAACCGAUAUAUGAUGAAAAUCUUGAUGAUACUAAUCAAUAUUUACCAAUUUUAAAACCAAAUCUUCCUGGUAUCCCACCACCAAUAGAUUUGACUGAAAUAAAGCCAAUUAAAAAGGAUUCAGCUGAUCUUAUUGUAUCUGAUGAAAAAUUAUCAGAAUCUAAGACUUCCUCUAUUGCUAUAACAAAUACUACAGAUAAAGUUACAAAUAUUUUGAAAGUUCAACUACCUGCUAUGGAUAUAUCCAAGAAACAAAUACCAACUAUUAUGAAUAAUAAAACUUUAAAUAUUAAUAGAGAUGAAAAUUCAAGUAUUAAACCAAAAUCUACAGAUAAUAAUAUGAUAGACUCUGUACUACCUGCAUCUCCAAAUAAUGUAUCAAAUAUAGAACCUACAUUAAAACUAAAUCCAUCAUCUUUUCCUUUAAAUAAAACAGCUCCUAUAAAAAAAGUUUUGGUACCAAAAGUAUUGGAACCAAAAUCUGAUCUGAUGACUGCAAAAUUAAAUGCUAAGAUAAUGAUGAUGAAAAAAUCACUCUUAAAACUAUAA